AUGUCAUACAAUAGCAAUACGCAUUAUACUCCUAGAUAUGGUAAGAACCAUUCGAAGAAAGUAUACGACAGCGCCUCAGGUGGCAGAGAAGGAAUAACUCUGCAAGGUAAUCAGAGUUCCAGCACAUAUAUUGGCUCAGCAGGAAAAGACCGCGAAGCAAGUGCAAGUUCCUUGUCAUAUUCAUCAAGCAGGCGUGACACAUAUAGUGGGUCUGGUUAUAGAUCUCGUUAUGAAUCAUACACUCCUAAAACAAGUUCGUCUAGCAGUAAUUCGUAUUACAGGAAUGGAUCAACUGGUGGAAGCACUUAUUACGGACCCCGAAGUCAUCCAAGUAAUGGACAAAAUAUUAUAGGUGGGGUAAGUGGCAAUAGCAGUAAUAAUGUACUAAACAGAAGACGGCCUGGAUUUGAUAGAUAUGAUUCAUAUUCAAAGUAUCUGGAUGGGAAUGAUAAGUUUAUUUCGAGAGCUGGAAACUAUAGUAGCAGUAGGAAAAGUUCAGAUUCUGCAAGUAAUUAUGACGUUAAAGAAGAUAAAAAAAGGCCAGCAUAUGUCAAUGGGAAUAGUGCGAAUGAUCGUUUGAAUAAUUCAAUGAUUAGUUCGGAUCAACGAAGUCCCAAAUUUUCUCCUCAAGGGCGUGCAGCUAGAGAUAAGAAAGGGCUUGAGCUGUUUGAUUUCAGAGCAGAUGAUGCUUCGAAAAGAUCUGCCACCAAGGAAGCUCAGAGUUUUACUAAUGAUUCACGAAAGAGUUCCAUAAGUGAUAUGUCAAGCCAAAAGUUUUCAAGAGAAAGUUCACGCAAUGUUUCACGAGAAAGCAGCAGGAGAAGUUCCAUAAUAAAGAUAGAUCAUCACACUAAUAUUGAAGCACCAACACAACCGGAAAGUACAAUGAACAGAGACAGCAAAAACGAGAGAAACAUGGCUUUGAAUUCAGCAUCGGCCAAACCGAGUGUCGAAGAGCCUGGUAAAUCUCUGAAGCCCAUGAUCACCAAGAAAACUUCCUUCACCGAUUACUUAAAAUCAACCAAAAUUAAAGCUAAAGAAGAAAAGAUAACAAAAGAGAAGAGUGACGAAACAAUUAAUUACACGGAACAGCAAUCAGAACCAAGUCAACACAGCAAGCAACUCUUGACCGAAGAAAAAGAUAAAAAAUCAGAUCCCAAACGUGAAGUGAAUUUGAAAGACAAUAAUGAUGGCGUGAAAGUUACAGCUAGCUGUGGACUGGGACCAGAUACGAAUGUUGAAAACCUCGAUUCAGAUAAAUCAGAAACGCUUCAACCAAAACUUACCCGGUCAGAAUCAUUUGGCGACACGUCAUUAUUGUCUCCAGUUAAUGAAAGUGACACCGACUUCAAUUUCAAUGAAUUAGCAGAAAUACCCGAAACAAAGAACGAUUCAGUUGUGGCUUCGAAUGUGUUAGAAAAUAUUGAUGAGAAUGGCAACGUUUCGGAAGCAGAAACUGUUAUAGCAGAUGACCUUCCACGCCUUGACGAAGCAAAGGAACUUAUACGUGAACAAACGGAAGAUACAAACAGACACAAAUUAAAGAAGACGAAAUUGAAUACCAUUUUUAGUUCCGAUGAAGAGGAAGAAGAUGUUCAGAAACCAGAUCCCAAACUUGAAGGGGUAGAAGAAUUACCAAAAGAUGGCAAACAUUCUGAUAUUGAAGAUUUGAAAGUAACCGAGAAACCUAGUAAAGGCAAAGCACCACUGAAUGAACCUGAAGCAAAAAUGAGCAAUGAGAAACAAAGAGAUCACAAGCUAAGUGACAAAUUAACCGUUAAAGAAGAGAAAACUUUGUUAGAUAAUUACAAAGAACACAACAGUUCAGAGGAUUCAAAACAUCCCGACAAUAGUAUUAAAUCGGAAUCAAAGAUCUCAAGAUCCAAGAAGUUACCUUAUAAGCUUAAGCGUGAUUCAAGUGGUCGAUCAUUACUACAACGAGCUUGCAAAAAGGGUAAUUUUGCUGAUGUUCAAGAUUACAUCGAGAGGGGUGCAAGUGCGAAUGAAAAGGAUUUUUGCGGUUUCACGUGUUUGCAUGAGGCCGCUUUAGAAGGUCAUACACAAAUUGUGAAAUAUUUAAUUGAGAAUGGGGCUCAUGUAAAUGCCAAAGCAGAUGAAGCUGGUGACUCCGAGACUCCAUUGAUUGAUGCUGCUGAAAACAAACAUCUUGAUUGUGUUAAAGUGUUGCUAGAAAAUGACGCCGACCCUACUAUUUUUAAUAUUGAUGGAUUCACGGCUCUAACUAAGAUUUACAACGAGCAUGAAGGAGAAGACGGGUAUGAGGAAAUCAUACAAGUUCUAGAAGAAGCAACUGCAAACUUCAACAGUCGUUUACCAAGAGAAGUUCAGUUUGCGUCGGAUAGCCCAACUGGAAAUGGUCCAAUUAUGGAAGAUCCAAAUGACAACUAUUUUGCAGACUUGAUUAAAGGCAAAGGAAUAUAUAAAUACGCUGCCGAGAAUUCAAAAGAAAAAACAGCAGAGUAUUUUGUUGCUGGUCAUAAUUUGGAAGGAAAACCAGAUAUUUUAAUUUUAGCCGCCAGAAAUGGCCACGCAGAACUAGUUGAUAUUAUAUUGGGUUUGAACCCUACACCUUUUAAUAUUGAUACUGAAUCGAGUUGUGGUGUGACUGCUCUAUUGGCGAGUAUAGGACGCGGCCAUUUUGAAGUUGUGGAUUCGUUGUUGUCAAAAGGUGCUGAUCCAUUCAAGACUAGAAAAAAAGAUGGGUUGAAUGCUUUAGAGAUUGCCCAGCAUUCGCCACAUUUUGAUUCCCGAGAAGUUAGUGUAAUAAUGAGAUAUAUGGAGAAGAAGAGUGGAACCAAAAUCUUGUCCGGAAUUCCAUCCAGAGUAGUAUCUCAAGCUACUUCUCGAGCAACUUCUCGGGCACCUUCCGUUCCGGUGUCAUCAGAUGAAGAUGAAGCGGUAGAAGAAAAAGAGAUUGAAGCACAUCCAAAUACUAAGAAUAUUGAAAGAAAGCUGGAGAAGAAAAUCUUGAGACCAGCUAAUGAUCAUAGCAAUAGUCAGAAACCCAACGAGUUCACUGGUCGCAAAUUAGAAAAGACUUAUAGCAACGAGGAGAGAAAACGGAAACGUGAAUGGUUAGACGAAGACCCUAAACAACCCCAUCAAUUGAAGAAAUCCAAGUCUGAUUUGAAAUUGAAAUCACUGGAGAGAGAAUUUGCUUCUGAUGACCACAACACCAGUGAAAAUCAUUCUGAUACUUUUGCAGAGAAAGGAAAGCGUUCAUCGGCGUCACCACCAGCACCACCUUCUCAAUCGGUUAUUAAGGCUCAAGAAGAACAAAAAAUCAAAGAUGCUGAAGAGACCAGAUUGUGGCAAGAAAAAGUCGAAGCCAAAAAGAGAGCUCGAAGAGAAAUGUUUUUAAAGUCCGAGAAAGAGAAAGAGCAGAAACGGAAGGAAGAAGAAGAAAUGCGAGCACAAGAGGAAAAACGAAUUGCGAAGGCGAAACGGGAAGAACAGGAGAGACUUGCAAGAGAGGCAGAAGAGCAAUCAAAAGAGCUAGAAGAAAAGAAAGUAGGGUUAAGACAACAAUUAACAUUAAACCAUUAUCCCAUUGGGUUGCGUUAUUGCAAGUUCGAUGGAAAACCGGAUAUUUCCGUCGUUGAUAAGUAUUUGCCUUUCUAUGUUUUUGUAAUUGAGGAUAAAAACUAUGUUGUUGAUUUGCAAGUUUCCUUGAUCACAUCAACAGUUGCUAGCAAGUUUCUCAAUACUGCACAACCCCAUCAGAAGAGGGAAAUAGAUACCACUGAAAAAAACAAAUUGUGGAAGCUUUUCUUUAAAUUCAUUGGUAUCGAUCCCAGAAAUCCAAAUUGUGAUCAAAGAAGUACAAUUACAAAUGGUCAAAAACAGUUUCAGAAUUUGUUGCUUCAUUUUGUGGAGGCGGAUUCAGUUGAAGAAUUUUUAAAAGAAUUUCCGGAAGUGCACUUAAAAACAAAAGAAAACCAAAUCAAUGUUAGUUUAGAGUCCUUGAGCGGGUUUUCAGAUUGUUUCAACGAUAAUAUCAUAGUUGAUGGGAACCUGGAAAUUGAUAUUGAUUCCAAAAAAAUCGAAAAGUUUAUUCCUCCUCAUUUAAAUACUAGGAAAGACAUUAUCAGGACGGUCAGUACUUUAGCUCACCCACUAUGGUGA